GGCUCUCCAAUUCUUUGGAGAUUCUGUGAGAGACGUGGGAUGAUUGCCCCACUGGCGCCCGAGCAACCGUAAGGAGCGGCCAGAGUACGAAAAGUUUGUCACAAACUAUCACAGAUUAACUUGAAAAUUUCAUUAGUCUAUGGACUCAUCCGCCAAAUAUUGCGAAAACUGUCGCUGUUUGAGAUGGCAGUCACUGAAUUAAAAUGUAAGGUGGAAACGAUGGGACAAACAGAAACAAUUGAACCUGAUGAAGACAUAUGGGGGGAAUUCAAUUUACCCUUAAUAAGUAAUGAGAAAUUGUCGGAAUUCGAGAUUUUUCUCAAGGUGGAAGACAAUAUGAAAAAAUCCGUUAAACAACUCUCCAAAGUGGGCGGUGAUACCCCAUAUGAAUUCUGUAGAAGGGCACUGGCUACAUUAUUGUCGAAUAAAUUAGCCAGUGAAUACAGCUGGAUAGGCCUGAAGAAAAAGCUGGUGUUUUCAAAAACAUUGGUUGCAGAUCUUAUAAUGAGAUCUGCUCAGCUAAAUGGAAAAACCAGAGAUUCCCCUCUUAAGGAAAUAGAGGACGCAAUAAAAAAGUUUCGAGGAGGGCCAAGGAGAGAUCUGUGGCAGAGGAAAGAAAGAGCCAAAUUUAAUAUCUUUUUUUUGUUCUAGUUUUUGUUGCUGUUUUAGCAAAGUUAUAUAAAAUGAGUGCAAUAUACAUGAUUUUAUGUUU